AAUCGAGCGGCGUACAGAGUAGAGGUAGCCAUUUUUACACCGUGUUCUCUUCAUGCGCUUCUGGCAGCAGUGAAGGCAAAACAUUAUCAGACAAAUUUACAAAGUUCACUUUUCCUACCCUGCGAGUAAAGAAGAGUUUGUAGUACUAAUAAAUCAAACAGUCGUCGAAAAGCCGCCCUCAGUUUACGCGCGGAAUUUCGUCCGGUCAAACCCCGCUGCACAACAGCCAGCACAGCAAAAAUAAAGAAAAGGAAUUUCUUGCCUGUGUCCGCCUCCGCGAGAUUCGAAACCAGACACAACUCUGAGCCCACAAGACAAAAAAAAGAAGAAGAGUGCUCCAUAUUAGAUAGAAAAAAAAAUCGAAAGUUGAAAUUCGAAGAAAAAAUUGUGUGGUAGAAGCCACACAAAAAAAUAGAGAAGAAAUAUUAGUGCAAAUGUGCAGUGAGCAAUAGAAAAUCAUUCUUGCAGAUUGGCAAAAAUAGUGCAUUUUCUGAUUAUCUGACAACACACAACACAGCCAGCAGAAAAAUAAAAGCAAAGCGAAGAAGAAAACAAAACAGUGAAAUUUCGCAACAAGUGCCCGUUGUGUAUUGUGCGAAUUGACAAGCCCUCCGGCGCGCGCAGCCCCACUCACCGCAGCCUUGCCUCCCAUCGUUAGUGGUUGGGCAAGCGACGAAAUCGCGAAAUCCAGAAAAAAAGUGCUGUGAAAUUUUUAAGUGCAUUAUUGCCGGUUUGUUUCCCCGACGACUGCUUAUAACCUACCUGCCUCCUGUCUGUCUGCCCCCGAGUACCCGAUCAGCCAGGAACGGAACCGUCAAAGCAGAAAAAGAGCAGCAGGGAAGAAAACCAGAACAACGACGGAGAAUGUCUACCGCGAUUAUGCACACCGGGGCGCUCUACGACUUUGGUGAUUUCACACUGAAGAAUCAAACAAACUCCAGAAGCACAGCGCAGAUGACCAUCUCGAGCACCAGUGGCACAAACGGCAGCAGCAGCACUGCCUCUAGCAACAGCAAUAGCUGCAGCAGCAGUUCAUUGCUCGGUAGCACCAGCCAUCACGUUACCAGCAGUCAGAUUCUGUUGCAGCAGAAUUUCCACAUGUCCCAUCAGAGUCAGCAGAAUCAUCACCACCAUCAGCAGCAGCAACAACAUCAGCACCACAACCACCACCAUCAUCAUGAGAGCAAUCAUCAGACGCACCAUGUCCAGCAACAGCAACAGCAACACAACGCCCGCCAGCUUCUGCUUCACAACACCCUAACGCGCACGGCGUCCCAUCCGGUCGGGGCUACCAGCGCGACGUCGGCAGCGACAGCAGCAGCCACAAACGCCACGAUGGAAUCGCUGAUGGAACUGCUUCGGAUGUCGACGGCCGCCAGCGUGCUGGCCCAGACGAAUCGCGCCGCCAACCGUGCGGCUGCCGUUGCCGCCGCCGUAGUGUCCGGUGGGGGUGGCGGUGGCGGUGGCCACCGCAGACUGGAACGCACCCAGUCCGAACCGCUGCCGCAGCAGGUCAACACGUCCAGAUAUAAAACUGAGCUGUGCCGACCGUUCGAGGAGGCUGGCGAGUGCAAGUAUGGUGAUAAAUGCCAGUUUGCCCACGGCAUGCAGGAACUGCGUAAUCUUCAGCGUCAUCCAAAGUACAAGACCGAGCUGUGCCGCACAUUCCACAGUGUUGGAUUCUGCCCGUACGGACCGCGUUGUCACUUCGUACACAACGCCGAAGAGGCCCGAAAUCAUAAUCGCUCGGUGGCUGCGUACCAUGCCCAGUUGGCAGCGGCCGCAGCUGCGGCCAAUUCCGGCAGUAACAAUCAGUCGGCUAAUGCGGCGGCUGCCACAGCAACUGUCCUUCAGCAAGCUCAACUACAGCAAACUGCCGUUCUGUUGCAGCAACAGCAGCAACAACAUCAGCUUCCACUCAGUCCGGCCCUGUCGAUGUCUACCGGUUCGGCCAGAGCAUCCCCAAUCGGGUCCCUAUCGCUGUCACCAACAACAUCGAUGGCAAGCUUCUUCCCGGAACAGGGCAGUCCCACCUUCCCACCGACCAAUGGGCAGCAGCAGCAGCAGCAACAGCAGCAGAGUGCUUUCAAUUUCCCAGCGUCACCGCCUGCCACCCCGAUCGAUGGUAUGUCACCGAUGACCACUCCUCCACCGCCAUCUCCGUCGCUAGUGUCCCUGAAUGCUGCUGCCAACGCCAACGGUACCAUUGCCGGUAUGGAUGGCGACGCAAGGCUUCCGGUGUUCAACCGGCUCAGCUCGACAGUGGAGGCCUUCAACAGACUGAUGCUCUAAUGUGUGUGUGUGCUUGUGUGUCUGUUUGGGUGCGUUGAGAUUUGCUUGUUGUGAUUGAACUUUUCUCUGUACGCACGCACGCACGCACGCACGCUUAGGCAAACACAAAAAAGCGUACGCACUCAUUCACUCGCACACUCACAGACACGCGCGUGCGCGCUCGCACUGAUGGUUUGUGUACAUAUACUUAUCUAGGGGAGUAACGAGAGGUUGAAAACAAGAAACAGUGUCUUGCUAGACAGAACUAAGGGUACCUAUUUAUAUCCGACGAAAAAAAAGACAAAGUUUGAUCAACAUAAUCAAAAGCUACAGUAAAAGGAAACACUCAAAGUUAAGCCUAUUAUGAUGGAUGGUACCGAUAUUUAUUUAAACGAAAUGGUUUGUAACUUCACGCGUGCAGGAACACAAAACUAAAAUCAUUGCAGCCCGAAAAAACACGGUGGAAGAACGAAAACACUUAUUUAAUUAUUUAUUUUUAUAUUAAAUUUAUAAUUUUAUUUAAAUCAAACUAAGCACAAACGCACACGCACACACCCCACACCCACCCACAAGUGCAAGGGCAGUUGGGCGUGCGGUCCGCCUUGACGGAGGAGCCACGCUUGUGCGUGUGCGAGUUCAAAUACCAACGAGAGCUUCCAGUGAGAAACCAAUUUCCGAUUUCAAAACCCCUCUUCUGUGCAUAUCAUACAUACACAAUACGCAUACAGUUGCAAAAUAGGGCAAGCAAAAAUACAAGCUAUAAAUCCACACAAGAGGAAACCAAUCAUUUUUGCUUUGUGUUUCUAUCCAAUACAAUUACACUAACGUAAUCAUUAUUAGUACUAUGGUUAUUAUGAUUAUUAUUAUUGUCAGCCUAUCUUUAUAUUUUUUUAUUUAUUUUAUUUAUUUUUUCUGCUGCCUGUUUUCCCGGACUAUUUAUCAAUGGGGAAAAUAGGAUAAUUCAUUCGUAAACAAACAAACAAACAAACAAGCGAAACUGCAGUUCAAUUCUUUCUCCGCUAUCUUGCGACUAUUUAAAGUCACCUUUAGCACAUAACCAACCAACAAAUUGCGCGCGUUGAAUGGUUAGAGAGUAGGACGACAAAAAAUAGGAGGGAAUAAAGUGUGGAUUUCCCUUUUCGCGCAUUACAUAUUAAGCUCAGUUCGAUUUAGCAUAUAUUUUUGUCUGAAAUAUGUAUAUUUUCUCGUAACUUAUAUCGCAGCAACAACAACAACAACAACAAUAAUAACUGUUUGCCUAAAAAAAAGACAUUGUUUAUAUAACAUUUAUUUUGGUCACACCAGCUAGUGCCUUAUCUAUUUAUGAAUGCAAAAUAAUGAAAUCGUUUUUUUGUUUCGUGUGUGUACAGCAUCCUAGUAGGCUGGGUUGAGUUUUCGUAUAUUUUUUUUUGUUUACUUCCAUCGAGUCAUGUACAGGUUUAGGUUUUUCAUAUAAACACACAACAAACGCACUCAACAGGCGACCGCUUUGCGGCGCAACUUCAGCCUACUAGGAUCGACCCUCUAGGAUAUACAGAGUGCAAGCCCUAACCUACUUUUGUGUACAUUUUCUUUACGAUACAUUCUACUCUGAUGAGCGCACGCUAGAAAAAACCACGUGAUCGCACUCGAUCGAGAGAAAAUUGGUCGAGCGAAACCGAUGAAUAUAAAAAAGAAAUCCUCUAGUUUCUAGUUAAGGUUAUCAUGAUUCUUCCAGCAAACUGUGUAUAAAUAGCAUACAAAGAAAAUAAUAGGAUGUGUGUAAAACAAGAGUUCUAAACGAUUGAUCUGGGAGCGUGCGCGCAAGAAAACGAUCGGAAGACCCCUCGCUUCCUGGUACCAUUCACCGUUCUCGUUCGUUCGUCUGUGAAAGUUGGAUGAUGGGUGUUAUACUUUCUGUUUUAAUUUCCUUAUUGUGAUCAUAGUUUUUAGUAACUAUACUAAGCCUACUGCCAUCUGUGUUACUAGGAGACAUGCGAAAGUCAAACGCGAACGAUAAAAGACAACCGAUCUAUUUGUAUAGAGGUAAGUGGAAGCGAACCGACGGGUGCACGAGAUGCCAAAGCGAGCGGUCUUCCGACGGCUCCCGAAUAUUUGCUUUAAUUUCCCAUUGUGAGGUUAGUUCGUAAGACAAAAAAAACAACAGAGACAAGAGAAACAGAGUUUAACCAUAUUUUAUGUAUGUAUAAAACGAGCGAAGAAAACACUCAGCAAAUCUUCCAUUAGAAUAAGAGAAACAAAACAAACUGAUGAAGCACUAUUGAAAGAGAAAGUUAAGAAUACAAAAUGAUUUAUUCGGAUACUAUUUUUGUACAGAUUUAUAACAAGCAACAGCGCAAACUAAUGAGCGAUUUUAGCCCCCUUCCCCCUUUCUUUAGUUUUCUGCAAGAUCAAAUCGAGUCGCUGUUCCCCAACCAACCCUUCCCCGUUAUUUAUCUCUGAACCAUGCACGGGAAUUUUUGUGAUUUUUUCACGCUAGUUAGCCUACGCAAAAUAUGAUUAAAAGACAAAUUUCUUAAUAGAAAAAAAACUGCUAGUUUUGUAUUAGCUUUUGUUUGCAAACUGAAAAGAGUAAAAGCUCUAGUUAGUUAGUCAUAGCCUACUGCUCCUACUGUGUGCGCGUAACAUCGAUUAGUGUCAAACCCUUUUUUCAUAAAACAAAACAAAUACAAAACAGCAACAGGCAAUAAGCAAGAUAAAAAGAUCUCUCAAACUUUUUUUCUAUUUAUUUAUUGCAUUUUUUAGCCGCCUAACUUAUUUAAAUUAUAUACGUAAAUGUAAGAAACUGUGUUGUUUUGCACUUGCCCAACCACACGUACUCUCAACCGACUAACCGGAUCCCAACUUUCAAUCCUUAUCCUCCCAUCCCCCGAAACAGCAAAGAAAAAAACAAAAACAACAAGCAAUCAAGAGUGUCUUCCAUGGAGCAGCCAGCCGCUUGAUCAGCAAUAAGGUAACCGCUUGAUCAGCAUGUAGGUACGGUACUUGCACGCGCGCGCGUCUGCUGUCUGUGUAUAAUAUGUAUAAGUAAGCGUAAGCGGUGAAAGAGACAGAGAGAGAAGGAAGGGCAUCGCGACUCGAUUUGACUAACCAAUCAACCAGCGAACCUGUGUUGUAUGUCUGUAAUCGCCCACCACCCAUUCCUCCCCCCAUACACACAGACAGUCUGAUAUGGGCCUAGCCGAAAGAGAGCAACUAUAGCACCAGAGCCCCAAAAAAGAAAAGACGUAUCUAGGAAUCAAUACAAUUAGGUUCAUUAAGUAGUUUAUUUUCGUUCUGUGUGUAGUAAGCGAUAAUCCUAUUUAAUUAUUUAUGAAACCAUACGCCUUUUUUUAGCAGAGCAGGACGACGCAGCACAAAUGCAAUCGAGCGAAUAAUAAUAAUAAUCAACUAUCAGCAACAACAGCAGACAACAACAACAAUCUGAUAUUUCAAGCGAAACGAUAAAUCUAGCAAUUUUCAUCCAUCAUAAUCUUGGAAUUCACAGCAACUGCGACCGUAUUUUCUAUUAUAAAGCAACUGAAAAAUCGUCAAUUCUUAGCAAUCAUGUGAAUUAUUAUUCAAACUAUACUCUAACUCUAUUAUAUUUGUGUAAAUUUGUGAACUAGAUGCCACAGCCAAGUAAUAACAAAACAACAAAC